AUGGGUCGUCCUGUUCCAUACACCUGGAAACCUGAAAGCUAUCGACCCGUUGCGCCUGCACCGCCUCCUCCAAUGCCAGUCUUACUACCCAUUCCUGUUCUGAUUACUCCUUGUGUUGUCGCGCCUGCACGGGUGCCCGCGCCUUUGGAAGGAGUAAAAGUCGCUGGUUCAGACACCGCAGCAAAAGGCAAGGAAAUGGUCGUGGUAGAGACGAAAAUGAAAGUCAGCGGUACUUCAUCAAAGACUGUGACCAAGAUUGCCAGCAAGCCCGCGUCAGCAAAGGCAGAAUCAAAGGCUAGCUCCAAAGUGCCAUCAAAGGCACCCUCAAAGGCACCAUCCAAGGUACCUUCAAGAGUUCCUUCCAAAGCACCAUCUGCAGCAAAAGCACCUUCGACAGCCAAACCACCAGCAAAGCCCGCCUCGGCAGCACCUGCAAACUCCACUGCCCCAUCCUCCAAAAAGUCGUCAACCCCCUGCGCCGCAAAGACAUCAGCUGCGAUAGUAACCGCAAAGACUAUCGUGUCAGUCUCCACAGCAGUAAGCAAGAACCUCCCUUCCGUAGCUCCAUCCACCGCCGUCUCCGCAGCGUCAACAAAACCCUCCGCGAGCCAAAAGGCCACAAAGACAAAAGCCCUCACAGCACCAACCCCACCAUUACCCGGUAUGAAACUGAUGUACGCCAAACACCACACUUGUCUGCACGUCCUGCGCGCCAAAGUCUGGGAAGCGUGCUGUCCUCGUGCCAAAUCUCUUGUCGCCAAAACCUUUUUUGUUCCUUGCAACACUACCGCUGCGGAACUCAUGGAGCAGUUACUCGGUAAGCAAGCAGCAGAAGGCUGGGCAUUGACGGAAGUUGUGGAAAAGGGAGAUGGAGAGUGGUACAAGGGCGGUACCGUGGUGUGGGGGGAUGCCAAAGCUGAGCAAGGGGUCAGGGGGUUGGGAUGGACGGAGAUGAGGGGAGGGGAGAGACCUCCUGUUUGGGUUGUUUUGCACGAGGUUUGA